AUACCAGUCACGACCACACAUAUCAAGCAUGAUAUUGAACCGUGCUCCCCAACGUCACCGCCAAAGGCAGUCGUCACUGCAACGCGGAAUCUGACUGUCCACGCCAUGGCCGAGGCCGCUCUUCACGAGUCGGGCGAGCCACGCCCCAUGCAGGGCAUCAAGCGCCAGCACAGCUUCGCCCACGACGACCCCAGUUCACCAGACAAGCGGCAGAGACUCGACGCGCCGACCGCAGAGCCAGUGCAGAGCGACGUGCCCCCUCGUCAUCAGGGAGUUGCGACGUGGCUCGAGGGCGUCGGCGACUGCCACCCCGUCCCCGACCGUGACGGGUGCUCCAGCGCCAGCCCUAUCACACCGCAUCCGCGAGAGCCGGUCCAGUACAGCAACUUGAGCAGGCAUGGCACGCCCUCUUCGUGGUUCCCGACGCCACGAGCCACUGGUUCUCUCCCUCCUGAAACUCCAGGGCAGCAGUCCGAGCCAGGAUCUCCUCAGGACUUCGCCAACCACCCGCAGUAUCGUGAGGUCAACCUCAGAGCACACAACAUCCACCUCAAAGGGCCGUGCGAUUCGCUUCCCCAGGACGUUGCAAGCCUCAUCCACCAGCUCAAGCAUGGCAUGCAAAGCACCGCUCUCGAUCCGACCAUGAGUGAGAUAGAAUCCGACCAGAUCCUCCAGAGUCUCAGCCUUGGCAUAGCCAGGAAACCCAUGGUGGCGAAAAUAUUUACACAGCGCAUCCUGCCGAGGCGGCAUCCCUUUGACGUCUACUCACGCAGCUUCGGGGCAUCCAUACCACGCUUACCCGGCCUCUCGACGGCGUCGUCGCCCUGGAGCCCAGAACACCAGUAUCCCCUCAGCACAGCCGCGCCGGACAUACUUUACGGCUACGAGCUGCACAAUUCCUUUUCCGAAACCCAGCGCCGGUAUCUCUCAGAUAUAGGUGCCGGGGACGGCGUGCGGUUUCCGUUCCUGCUUGUCGAGUGCACGGGCGACGACACAGGCACCAUGUACACUGCCACAAACCGCUGCCUAGGCGGUGCGGCGACCUGCCUGCAAGCUGCCGAGGAUAUAAACCUCGAGCUUUCACAAUACGCGGGGUCCUAUACAGGAGAGGUAGCGCCGGUAGAUGACAAGGUAUUCAGCAUCGCCACGAACGGGACGGAAGCGCGGCUCUACAUAUCGUGGAAGCGCCUCUCGGCAGAGGACGAGGCAUGCUACACGGCGAUAGUCAAGUGUUUCUUGCUGCAGGAUCCGCAGCAUUAUCUCGACUUGCGCCGGAUGAUGCGUGGUAUCAUCGACUGGGGCAAGGGCCGCCGCCUGGAGCGGAUCAGAGGCGCUUUGAGCGUCUUAGCCCGACUAACGGAGAGCGACAGUCACAGCAUGACUGAUGGACUCUGAAACGCUUCUUUGCAUAUUCCACUGAGCCAGAGUGUUUUGUACUUUAUACGGGUUUAUAGAACCUCGAUAUUUCCAGGGUUUUCACUAGGACUCGACGGCGUG